AGGAGAUUACCUAUUCGUUCUUGUGUUGCUAUACUAUCACAUAAUCAACACUCUCUAUCAUAAUAGUUUGGUGCCUUGGUUCACCAACUUCCUUCAGUCUAGACUCCGAACCAUUGAAACCCCGGUGCACACUCCGCACCUACCAGCAACUUCACAUCUGACCCCCAACCCACAAACCAACAUUUCAAAGAAAGAUCCAAUAUCCAAAUACAAUAAUGGCUCCCCCAACGCCCGCCGAAAAUGAAAGCCACCAACAACUCCUCAACCAACUCGACAUCGCGCACAUCGCCCGCCCCUUCCGCAAUCCCCAUUGGAAGCCUUCCCAACGCCGCAACAAAAACGUCAAGCAGCUGAUCUCUGAGAGCUCCCGGAAAGAAGCCUCCCAGAUGGCUACGCAAGCCAACUCGGGCGCAACAACGCCCCUCCCGACCACGUCCGCCAGCACAGAUGGCAGCCAGACCCCGGCCGAGGGAACUCCGCGCACGAACAUCGCGCAGGCGGCACAGAACCUCUCUACGCUUGUGCUGGAGAAGAAUGCGCGAGCGACGUUUCCGUCAGGACCGGCGGUAACGUAUACGAACAUUGAGUCGGCGCCAUCACUCCACCCGUCGCAGCAGACGAAAUACUGCGAUAUCACGGGGUUGCCGGCGCCGUAUACGGAUCCGAAGACCAGGCUGCGAUACCAUGAUAAGGAGGUCUUUGGGGUGGUUAGGUCGUUGGCGCAGGGUGUGCCUGAGAGUUAUCUGGAGUUGAGGGCGGCGCAUGUCGUUCUCAAGUAAUAGGUCUAGGGUUAGAGACGGAAAGUUAUGUUUUACGUGAAAUUUGUUUCUCGGAUGAGAUACUAUCAUUUGGUCUAAUUGCAGAAUGUCCGGCCAUCACAGUCAAGCCCUUUCCACCCACCGUGCCCCUCUCGAGACAGGUUCAAGAAAGCGCUCCGGCUUAAUCGUGACCUUUAUAUAAGUGUCAUUCUUCGCCUUGUGCUAGUUGCACUCGACUACUACCGAUGCUCCACGAGCAAGAGCAUCAGUUACAGCAUCCUGGGGAUGCUGUCGCCGCGGCGUAUGAGCGAACCAGAAGACUGGCAGGGAAAUAGAAGCGGGGGGGAGAAGCAGAGCUGUCUAUGUGUGAUCGUAUGAAUAUAACCCAGUUCCAAGUCCGAAUUCAAUGCUGUAGUGGUACAUCGCUAUCGUUCAUUAAAUAACGCGUAUGUAAAUAUCAGACCGGUCUAAAGUCAACAAAACCAUUGUAAGCAAAUGCAUGGCACUAGUCCAUCAUAAAAUCGAAGCAUUGGACAAAACAAAUAACUGUGCGUUAUACAAC